AAACUCCAAAAAUUAGUUUAAUUAAUUCAAUCGUAUUGUGUGUGAAAAAUACAAUGUAUUUAAAUUAAAAUAACAAUGAUUUUUUUUUUUAAAAAAGGCCGACAACGAAGUUACAUUUAGUAUUCCGAACUUUUAGAUAAAACUGCAGACAAUCAUCUAGGUUUAACACACAUUUAAAUGGUGAAGAACAAAGCAAUAUCAAAAACAAAUAUUUUCAGGCAACAGUUUACAGUUUCGACUUGCUAUUUUCAUUAAAAUAUGUCCUAAUUUUAUUGUUUUAAAUACUCUGAAUAAACGAGGCAAAUACCAUGUAAAAAACGACAUCUUUCUCUCUGGGUAAGACAAGCCUAGAUUUAGCCAUUUUCACAGGGCGAAAUGUAACAUUAAUGUAGAUAUUUUCCAUUUAAAAACAGAUGCAGGCAAUAAUUUCAUGACAGAACUUUUGUUUUCAACAAAAAAUUCAACAAAUACUUUCCCAGAUUUUCACUGAAAGGACGAGUUAAACUGUAAGGCGUAAGUGUGUGAGUAAUAGCAGAAUAACCUACGGCAUACGCUUCGAUUGGACGACAGCAUAAGAUAAGAUAAAUGCCGCAUUCCAGUCCCCGUAUCAGUUGUUCCAGGUCAAAGUAAGUUGAAAAUCUCUAUUGCGGUAAACACCGAGGAUAGCGGAUAAGUCAUUACCAUAUGGUUAUAUUGCAAAAAAAAAAUAUAGACAAACAUAGUGGAUAUAGUACCUUACUGAUAUUAUUAGGCUCGUUUCUAAGAAUGGCAACUUGCAGAAAUUAUGAGAAUACUGUUGUUGGCUCUGCAGAUGACGAUCAUGAAAACCAACAAAAUGCUUCAGCGGAAGCUGACAUAAGUAUCAGAAUAAAAUAUACGUGCAACCCCUGCAAAGAAAGUAAUAUUGUUCGAGAAGCUCUGCACUACUGUCCCGAAUGUCAGGAAUUCUACUGCCAUGAUUGUGUGAGAAUUCAUAGACGAAUGGCAAAACUGAAGGAUCAUGUUGUUUAUGGAAAAUCUGAUGAAGAUAAAUGGGGACAAAAGGCAACAGCUGCGCAGCUAAAUGAGAAAUGUACAAAACAUCCUUCGGAAAUAAUCAGCAUACACUGUGGGGAAUGCAAUGAACUGUGUUGUCAUGUCUGUAUUUCUUUAAAGCAUAGUGACUGCCGUACAAAAGAAUACAUUCCCACUGCCGCGAAAGGAAUAGCUGAAAGCACAAAGUUAGAAAAUAUUAAAAGUGAACUUGAGUAUGCCUGCGACGAUGCUGGUGAAUUCAAAAGAGAAUAUGAGAAAUCCAUACACGAGCUCUACACGAAACAGGCAACCUUCCUACAAGACAUUGCUGACAUGAGGAAACAAGUUAAUGAUGUAUUUGAUGAAAUGGCAGAAAGGGCCACUCUAGGGUUGACUUACUUUGGAAACACUCUGCGUGUUAACAUAGGGGAAAAAUUGAUAUAUGUAAUGCUGUUAAGCAAGAAAUGGAUCCACUUGUUGAAAAACUCGAAAACACUGGUAAUAAAGAUGAAUGUCAGGUAUUCAUGGACGUGGUAAAAGCUGAAAACUGUGUAAAAAGGGCUGACGAGGAGAUGGAGAAGUUAUUUAGUAGAUAUAGUGACACUAAAGGUAUGGCUGGCUUAAAGUUUGAUUCUAAAACCAAUUUUCACCAUCUGCUUCAAGAAAUCAAGUCUUUUGGUCAAGUAAGUUGUAGCUAUAUAAUUGAAUCGGAAUCUCCUUUGUAUACCUUCAUUGAGGGGAUAUGUCAGCUAAACGAUGGCACAUUUAUAUUAGCUGACUCUGCCAGAUUCUGUUUAACCUGGCUUUCUUCAACCUACACGGUCAAAGGGGAGGCAGCUUUAGACGAGCCACCUUCAGCAGUGUGUAAAACAGAAGCCAAACAUGUUGCUGUUAGUUUGACCAAAAACUUGAAAGUAUUCUUGAUAGACAAAGAAAUGUCACCAGUUCAGUACAUGGAUUUACGAUUUAAACACCGAUGCUGCGGCCUGGCAUACAAAGACAAGAAGUAUUUUAUUUCUGACCAUAAUUCUACAGUGUAUGUAUAUGACACCAAUGGUAUCUGCCAAAGCAAAAUUAAAACAAACAGAAGUUGCAACAUAUUUCAGUCAGUCAGAAAUAUUGCUAUCGGAGAUAGAGCAAGUAAGAUUUAUGUGACUGAUAUCAACAAGGGCUUGAUUACACUAGACCUAAAUGGUAACGUCCUUUCUAACUUGGAAUCAAAGGAGACAGAAGGAUCCUAUGGGGUCUGUGUGACCAGUGAUGGCCGCGUUUUUGUGACCAAUUAUCUACAAGACAAUGUCAUAGAAGUCGAUAAAGAUGGACAAACUAUACUUCAAAGGAAUUUGAUUACACUCACGGCCGGCCAGAGUCCAAGGUCAAUAUGUUAUGAUUCGCAGAACUCAUGUGUGCUUGUUUCGGAUAAUCCACUAAGUGGAUCAGGUUUAUUGUCAGUUUUUCAGAUGUAAAUCAUUUCAAAUAUACAAAAAUUACAUCUGUGGUUUUCACCGGUUUCAGCAAUACUGGUAAUGAAUGAAAUCAUGAUUCUGGUGUAAAGCAAUCUCACACUGGCUAUAACUUUUAUAGGUUGUUCUAGCGUUGUCUGGGCGAUGAAUUUUACGCAGAACGAGUGGAUAAAUAGGGACGAAAUGAGGCAUUUCCGGUCGGUCUUGUAAGUUGCUAGCCAUUAUAUACCGAAUCAAGUGAAACGAUGGGUGUACUUGGAGCACAAACGAAUCCGUUUCUCGUAACAUGACUGUGUUCUGUUAGCUGGGAUUUGUUAGCUUGUCUUCUCAUGUUGCACCGCUAAAGCGAUGUUGGAACUACCGGUCGGCCUUAUUUGAUAAAGCUACAGAAAUUGAAGUAAAGGGAAAUCCAAUGUAUUUUUUUGUAAUUUGUAUAAAUAUUUUGGUAUAUGUAAUUGUCUCAGCAUUAUGUACUAUUUUGGACUGCUUUGGGGACGGUGACUUAGAUGCCAUAUUAUUACGCAACUUAAAUAAAGUUUGAAAGUUACGGGAAAAAAACAGACCGAAUAUUUUUCCAGACUCUGAACGAAGUUGCUGUUAACACAAAAUUAAUAUAACAGCUCUUAAUAUCUUAUUUUUUUUUUAUAUAUUGUCAUCGAUAAUAUGUUGCAAAUGGUUUAACAUUUAUACACAGUUUGAGGACGUGUCAGUAAGUAGUUUUAGAGAAAUCUCGGAAAAUAUAACUUUUCUGUCAAUACUGUCAAUAUGUUAAUUUAUAGGAAAUUACAGAUCUUUUUUUUAUACUGAAGAAACAUUUUGUGCGUUUAUAUGGGCCUCUGAUAUUUAACCCCCUGCUAAAUUUCUAUAAUAAACUUGUUCAUCUUUCAGUUUGAGCAGUACACUUCCUAUUCAAAGGGGUGUUCACUAAAUAUUUACUGACGGAAUAGCGAACAGUGCAGACCAUGAUCAGACUGCACCGAUGUGCAGGCUAAUCUUGGUCUUCUCUGGCCGCAAAGGAAAAACCAUUUGCCGCCAGCAGGCUAAGGGUUAAAGCAGGUCAUUCACGUUUCCCAAAUUCCAAACUUCUACCUUAGUGUUAAAAGCAGGGGAGCAUAUCAUUGGAGCACAUAGAACAUUUACGCAAUCAGUGUUUUUUGUACAGAAGAAACAUUUUGUGCAUGUAUAUGGGUUCUGAUAUUUUAAGCAGCUCAUUCACUUUUCCUAAAUUCCCAACUUCAAACCUUAGUGUUAAGUUCCGGGGAGCACGUCAUCAUUGCGUCUGCUUCUUUUAUUCUGAUUUUAGCGAUAAGAGUAGAGGAGCAGGUAACCCCGUGAUCAGUGUCCUGCUAUCUUUGUAGCUCACGGAGCUCUCAGGUUGAGCUAUUGGGAUCACUCACCGUCCGUUGUCCGUUCGUCCACAGUUUUCUUUCAACGACAUCUUCUCUGAAACCAUUUAAUGGAAAUUGAUGAAACUUGUCCUGGAUGUUCCUUGAAUGGUCCUCUAAUAAUUAUAUUCUAUACAGAACUUAUGUUUCCAUGGCAUCAGAAAGGAAACAAAACCCUUCAGAAAUCGUCUUAAAAACCAUUAAAUUAAUUUGACAGAAGCAUUCCUUGUGUGACCUCUAUCUAGAUUGUUUGAAAUAUUCCGAUUCGUUGAAGCAGAUGACCGGGAGAGGGCGUGGUCAUUUCUCCAUUUUGCAUAAAAUUGGAACUUUGAAAAUCUUGUUGUUUCAAAAAUGCUUGUCCGAUUUCACAAUAAAUUCACAAUUAUUUCACAGAAAUAUACUUUGUUUGGCUCUCUACCAAAAUUGUUCAUUUCUUUCUUAUUCGUUGAAAUUAUGGCCGCCAGGGAAUGUGAUCAUAUUUUCCUAUAAGUAUAUUUAAAAUUCUCAUAAAAGUUUCCCCUAUAUCAUAGCACGUGACGGAUCCCUAUGAUUGUAAGCUUACGAAGAAACUGUUUUAAAAAUAGUUUAAGAAGCUGAAAUAUUG